AUGACUGAUUCCACGGAGAUAAUGAAGGAACCAAUACUCGACUCAAAUUUAGACGCCCAUCAUCAAGAACAAGAAGAGGAGGAAAUUACAAGGUGUAUUUGUGGCGAAGUUAACCCACCUGAGGGAGACUCCGGUCUGUAUAUCCAAUGUGAAUCAUGUUCUGUGUGGCAGCAUGGAUUCUGCGUGGGAAUUAUGGAACCUGAGGAUGUUCCUGAUAAAUAUUGGUGCGAGUUAUGCAAACCUGAAUUACAUAAAAUAUCAAGCUCAGGAAAAAGUUCUAUUUAUAUACCUAUACAGAAGAAUAUUGAUGCCCAGACAUUAACGGAGGAGGAGGAACAAAAAAUAAAUGAUGAAGAGAUCACUCCAGUGAAUGAACAAGUUGAAAAUUCCAAUGAACUUAGCGUGGAUAGCAAUGAAGUUGCUGAUGAUGAUCAGGAACCAAGGAGGAGGAAGACCACAACUAAAAAAAAUAAUAGAAAUGGUGCUACCACUAUGGAACGAGAGGAAAAACAAUACCAACGAAUGCUUGCAAAAGCAAUUAAAGAAAGUCAGCAAGCAACAACAAAUCCAGAAGACCAGGAUGAAAAAUCUUUUGAAACCAAUAAUCAUCACUCUAAUUCCACAAUGACGUCGUCAAAUGAAGACCCUGUAGAAGAUAUAAAACCUUCAUCAUUGACCCCAAUGACAUCCAAUACUGAAAGUGCAGAUGAACUCCAGCAGCCACUACCAACAAUAAGAAAAUCUAGCAGAGUAGCCAAAAAGAGGAAAACGAAAAAGGCAACAACAGAACGAAAAUUUAUAAAACCAAAAGUACCAAAUAAUGAUGUUACUCUUGAUGAAUCAAUUAAACCUAGAAUUCCGCCAAAACGUACAACUUUAAAUGAAAUGAGAAAAAGAACAGCUGCCAUAAUGGAAUUCAUUUCAAGAACACAAUUGGAACUAAGCAUUGAACAAGAAUCAAGAGAACGCUUUAUAAAAUUUGUCGAAAACGACAAAUUUGUUGAUAAAAUCGACACCAUAUUUGAAAACCAUAAGAAGAAUUUAGUUUUAAUGGAUGAUCUAACGCGACAAUUAUUGGUAUGGGAAAAUACUUAUGCAAGAAAAGAAAGCUCCGAUUAA